UCCGCCGCUGCCAGUUGCCACUUUGCCUGCCGACUUCGCGCGCUGCUGGUCCCAUGUCAGAGUUGACCGAGCGAGCAGGCAAUUGGAGACAGAUGAGGACAAUUUGCCUUGAUUGGACGCCGCCGUCAUUCAUUCUUUCAUUUGGUCCUGGAAUCUGGACUCGUUUUGGUUUGGUUGUUCCUGUCAUGCUCGGACUUUGGUUUUCUUGCUUCUCCUUUCUGUUCUUUAUUUUUGCGUGUUCGUGUGAGCGACAGCGCGCCUGCGCUUUUUCUUCGCUGCAGCCCGAUGUCAAAUGCGCCGAGGACACACAUGGAAUCAAUUUGACGGCUUCGCAACAAUCUCAGCAAUAAUUUCAAGAGUGCUUGAGCGAGGGGUUCUAGUGAUUUCGCUUCUCCCCCAUAACCCCCCCCCUCCUCUUUUGUUCUUUUGGGGCUGAUGGAGGACAUUGAUUGCGUUGGGGUGAACGGUUCAAUCAAAUUUAUUGUGGCUGUGACGUCAUCUUCGGCGGGUUUCGGCUUUUAGCUAGUCUGUUGCUAGCGCCUGAGCUGCUCCGCAUGCUGCGUGCUUAAAUCAGCAAAAGUGACAAAAUGAGGACGCAAGACGUCCACACUCUUUGAGGGCCGGUCACGAAGAGAUGGCCUUCGCCUCCGGAGCGAGGAUGGCCCCCCGCUGCUGCUGCGGCGUCGUCUUGCUUCUGCUGCUGCUGCUGCCGGCACGUCCCGAGCCUCACAACGUCACGCUGGCCGUCAUCCUGCCCGAGAGCAACACGGGCUACCCAUGGGCGUGGCCUCGCGUUGGCCCCGCCCUGGAAAAGGCGGUGCAGCGGGUCAACGCUGACCCCACCCUGCUGCCCGGCCUGCGCCUGACCUACGUCUUCAAGAGCAGUGAGGACAAAGAUGGCAUCUGCUCCGAGACAGUGGCGCCGCUGAUGGCGGUGGACCUAAAGCUGGCGCACGACCCGUGGGCCUUCAUUGGGCCGGGCUGCUCGUACGCGUCCUCACCUGUGGGCCUGUUCACCGCCCACUGGGAUGUGCCCAUGGUGACGGCAGGCGCGCCGGCCGUGGCCUUCUACGGUGGCGUCUACCCAUCCAUCACCAACACGGGCCCCACCCACAAGAAGCUGGGCAAGUUUGCCCUGCGCAUCUGCCAGCGCUUUGGCUGGCUCCGCCACGUCAUGCUGAUGUUCAACGAUGACAAGGUGGACGACCGGCCCUGCUACUUUGCCGCCGAGGGCCUCUACGACGAGCUCAAGAGGAUCAACAUCACGCUGGUGGACAGCGUCUUUGAGGAGAAGCGCCCGCACCUGGACUACGCCCAGAUACUCGCCGACGUCCACAACGAGGGCAGAGUGAUGUUCGUGUGCUGCUCGCCGGACGUGUUUAGAAAGUUGAUGGUGCACUUCCGCCGCGCUGACCUUCCCCACGAGCAGUAUGUCUUCUUCUUCAUCGACGUGUUCGGCGAGAGCCUCAAGUCGGAGCGCCGCCUGCCGUGGGCGCGCGGCGACGCAGACGACGCCGCGGCCAAGGAGGCCUUCCAGUGUCGUCUCCGUCAGAGUGUCAAGAUCCUGACGUACCGAGAGCCUCAGAAUGCUGAGUACAAGGACUUUGUGGACAACCUGAAGAUGGACGCCAAGAGCAUGUUCAACUACACUGUAGACGACUCACUGAUGAACAUCAUCGCUGGGGGUUUCUACGAUGGCCUGAUGCUCUACACGCACGCGCUCAACGAAACCAUGAGCAUGUCUGGCGAGCGGCCUCCAGGGAGGGUGGUCACCCAGCGGAUGUGGAACAGAACUUUUCAUGGUGUGACUGGGACAUUGCAGCUGGAUGAAAACGGAGACAGAGAAACCGACUUUGCUUUGUGGGACAUGAUUGACACCGCCAACAGCGCUUUCCAGAUGGUGCUGCACUACAACAGCUUGGAGGAGCAGCUGACGGCCAUUCCCGGAAGGUUGCUGCGCUGGCCAGGUGGAGCUCCUCCCCCUGAUAUUCCCGUGUGCGGAUUCAAGAACGAAAAUCCCGCUUGCCACACCAGUGAGUUGGAAACCAUCACCAUCCACCAGAUGGUGUCCAUGGUGGUCUUCUUCAUCCUCACCAUGACCCUGACAGUCGCCAUCUUCAUUUUCAGGAGGAUCAAGCUGGAGAAGGAGCUGGUGGCUCAGCUGUGGAGGAUCUCCUGGGACGACAUCCACAUGAGCAACCUGGACAAAGUGCUCCGCAGCGGCAGCAGGAUCACGCUGUCCCUGAGAGGCUCCAACUAUGGCUCGCUGAUGACGGACGGUCACGUGCAGGUGUUUGCCAAGACUGGCUACUACAAGGGCAACAUUGUGGCCAUCAAGUACACCAACAGGAAACGCAUCGAGUUGACCAGGGAGCUCUUGUUUGAGUUAAAGCACAUGAGAGACGUUCAGAACGAACACCUCACCCGAUUCAUCGGAGCCUGCAUCUACCCGCCAAACACCUGCAUCAUCACAGAGUACUGCCCCCGGGGCAGUCUUCAGGACAUCCUGGAGAAUGACAGCAUAACUCUGGACUGGAUGUUCAAAUACUCGCUCAUCAAUGACAUCGUCAAGGGCAUGGUUUUCCUCCACAACAGCGUGCUGGUGUCUCACGGCAAGCUGAAGUCGUCCAACUGUGUGGUGGAUAAGCGAUUCGUGCUGAAGAUCACCGAUUAUGGUCUGAGCAGUCUGCAGACUGAGAGCCAACCGGCCAAGGACGCUCACUCCUAUUACGCCCAGAGGCUGUGGAUGGCUCCAGAACUCCUGCGCGCCGAAGCCCCACCUCCUCAGGGCACCCAGAAGGGCGACGUCUACAGCUUUGGCAUCAUCCUCCAGGAGGUGGCGCUGCGCCGGGGUGUCUUCUACCUGGACGGCGAUCCGCUCAGCCCCAAAGAGGUGGUGGACCGAGUGGUGUUGGGCGAAUGGCCCUGCCUCCGACCCACCGUGGACCCGCGCGCUCACAGUCCUGAGUUGGGCCAGCUGAUGCAGCGCUGCUGGGCCGAGGAGCCCACCGAGAGACCCGAGUUCAACCACAUCCGAAUGCUGCUGCGCAAGCAGAACAAGGAGUCCAGGACCAACAUCCUGGACAACUUGUUGUCGCGCAUGGAGCAGUACGCCAACAACCUGGAGGAGCUGGUGGAGGAACGAACGCAAGCCUACCAUGAAGAGAAACGCAAAGCGGAGACGCUCCUCUACCAAAUACUGCCACACUCGGUAGCGGAGCAGUUGAAGCGCGGUGAGACGGUGCAGGCCGAAGCCUUUGAUUCGGUGACCAUCUACUUCAGCGACAUCGUGGGCUUCACCGCCAUCUCCGCCGAGAGCACGCCCAUGGAGGUGGUGACGCUGCUGAACGACCUGUACACGUGCUUUGACGCCAUCAUAGACAACUUUGACGUUUACAAGGUUGAGACCAUCGGCGACGCCUACAUGGUGGUGUCAGGGCUGCCGGUGAGGAACGGCAAGCUGCACGGCCCCGAGGUGGCGCGCAUGGCCCUCGCCCUGCUGGACGCCGUCGCCACCUUCAGGAUACGACAUCGACCUGAUGAGCAGCUCAAGCUCAGGAUCGGCAUACACAGCGGUCCAGUGUGCGCGGGCGUGGUGGGUCUGAAGAUGCCCCGCUACUGCCUGUUUGGCGACACUGUCAACACCUCGUCCAGGAUGGAGUCCACCGGAGAAGCGCUGAAGAUCCACGUGUCGUCGACCACUCACGACGUCCUACAGGAAUCAGGCCACUUCCGCUUGGAGCUGCGAGGGGACGUGCACGUCAAAGGCAAAGGACAGAUGACCACCUACUGGCUGCUGGGAGAGAGCGACAGCCAAUGAGCGGGUGGCAAGUGAGCCGAAGGGUGGGGCCGCGCCUCAGCCGGGCUGGGCGGGGAAGCUAAGAGGCCAUGCGAGUAGGACCUGACUAAAAAAAGGCAACACACGGAAGAAGGCCGCUCUCUUACGGCUUCAGCAUUGACCUGAACCAAAAGCAAUUGCUUCAUUUUGUUGAAUGUAGACGUGACAUUGUGUUCUAACUCAGUGUGUCCCAACCUUUUUUCAUUCACGGCACACCUUUUCAUUG